GAAAUGACAGAAAACCUGAAUACGGAACUGAAGAAGCAGCUCAUUUUCUUGCUCAGAACUAGCAGCAGCAGAGAGAGCCGAGUGAACGACGUGAGGAGCUGGGAGCUUAGAGCAGUCACUCGCACUGUUAGAGAUGUGGAAGUCUGUAGUAGGGCAUGAUGUAUCUGUUUCCUUGGAGACCCAGGGUGAUGACUGGGACACAGAUCCUGACUUUGUGAAUGAUAUCUCUGAGAAGGAGCAACGGUGGGGAGCCAAGACCAUCGAGGGCUCUGGACGCACAGAACAUAUCAACAUUCAUCAGCUAAGGAACAAAGUGUCAGAGGAGCAUGAUAUUCUUAAGAAAAAGGAGAUGGAAUCUGGGCCCAAAGCAUCCCAUGGCUACGGAGGUCGGUUUGGGGUGGAAAGAGACAGAAUGGACAAGAGUGCUCUGGGUCAUGAGUAUGUUGCUGAAGUGGAGAAGCACUCUUCUCAGACUGAUGCUGCCAGAGGCUUUGGGGGCAAAUAUGGAGUUGAGAAGGACAGGGCAGACAAGUCAGCAGUUGGCUUUGAUUACAAAGGAGAAGUGGAGAAACACACAUCUCAGAAAGAUUAUUCCCGUGGCUUUGGCGGUCGUUAUGGGAUAGAGAAGGAUAAACGGGACAAGGCAGCUCUGGGAUAUGACUACAAAGGAGAGACAGAGAAACACGAGUCCCAGAGAGAUUAUGCCAAGGGCUUUGGUGGUCAGUAUGGAAUCCAGAAGGACCGAGUGGAUAAGAGUGCUGUUGGCUUCAAUGAAAUGGAAGCCCCAACCACAGCUUAUAAGAAGACAACACCCAUAGAGGCUACUUCUAGUGGUGCCCGUGGGCUGAAGGAAAAAUUUGAGUCCAUGGCUGAGGAAAAGAAGAAGCAGGAGGAAGAAGAGAAGGCAAAGCAGAUGGCUAGGCAGCAACAGGAGAGAAAGACCCUGGUAAAGAUGAACUAUGAGGCUCAGCAACCAGCAGCCACUGUAGAAGAGCCAGUGGUGUCAGCCCCAUUGCCUAAGAAAAUCUCCUCAGCGGCCUGGCCUCCAGCAGGGAAUUGUCCAUCAUCAGACCCUGAGCCUUUGAGAACCAGCAGGGAACACCCAGUACCCUCCUUGCCCUCGAGGCAGAAUCCCCAAGAGGAUGAUGAAGAGCCUCCAGCUCUGCCCCCUAGGACUCUGGAAGGCCUCCAGCUGGAAGAAGAGCCAGUGUAUGAGGCAGCGCCUGAACCUGAGCCUAAACCUGAGCCUGAGCCAGAGAAUGACUAUGAGGAUGUUGGGCACAUGGACAGAUAUGAGCAAGAUAAUGAACCAGAGGGAGACUAUGAGGAUGUGCUCGAGCCUGAGGAGCCCUCUUUUCCUUCUACUCUGGCUGGAUCAUCAGGCUGCCCAGCUGGAGCUGGGACUGGGAUCUCAGCUGUAGCCUUGUACGAUUACCAAGGAGAAGGAAGUGAUGAGAUUUCCUUUGAUCCAGAUGACAUCAUCACUGACAUUGAGAUGGUGGAUGAGGGCUGGUGGCGGGGACGUUGCCAUGGCCACUUUGGACUCUUCCCUGCAAACUAUGUCAACCUUCUUCAGUAAAAGCUCUCACUGUAUUCUGCACUGUGACUUCCCAUGUCCAAAGUGUUUCUGCCUCCUCCCCCUCCCCAUCCUGCUGCAAGUGUCAUAGGAUAUCAUGAGUUGCCUGAGGUUCUAGACAGACUUCCCUCUCUCUCUACAUUAGGGCUUGGGUCAGAGGCAGCAUGAGGAAAGAGCUCUCCUUCAGUGUCCUCUCUAUCCUGUAUGAGCUCAUGGGCACCUAGCCUGUGGUCCUGCCUCCUUCCCCGUGAAUGUUCCCUCUAACACUUCAAGCUCUGCCUUCUGUUUUUCUGAGCUUUGAGCUUCCUGGUUUGCUUACCUGGGAAGGUAUCCCUAGAUUGCCUGGUUUACCUGAUUGUGCUGUUUGCCUGCUUUCACUCUCUGCAGAGAUAUCUUUUCUCUGCUUAGUCUUAAAAUUGGAAAUAAAGUGGGACUACGUUUCACCACUAAGCUGAGGUAAAUAGUGCUUUUUGUGUAUCCCUCAAUAGCCCUGAUGCUCAUAGCUCUAAUUCUUCUUCCCUCUUUCAGGCAUAUCCAGAAGACUCUCUCCUACCACUGCCCAUCCCCCUGUGCUAUAGAUUUCAAGGGCUGGGCCUUUUCCUUAGGCUAUACUUAAACCCAGUUCAAAAUAGAUCAGCCUGAGGAAUGGUGGUAAGGUAUCCAGGUAGUGUCAACUUCUACUGGCUUCAGCAGUUGUGAGAGGCCAGCCAUAUUCUGCCCGGGAGUAAUGACUAUACUCUUUUACGACAUGACAAUUCUUGAGGGAGAAGCACAAAUUAGGGUUUAGGAAGGGAUGAAAAGAGAGAUUUGGCAAUGAAAAAAAAAAAAGUUAAAGGAACACAGGCUCUGAUGAGGUGGUAAGAAGAUUUAGUCAAAGAGAGUGGCCUCUACUUAAGAAAGUCCAGGCUUCUUUGUAGC